CACGCUCUUUAAAAGACACGAAGACGCGCACGUCGCCUUCGACUWUCAAAAGGGGCGUGAAGCUACGCUGGGUUUUAUGGACAGCUGUUGUUUAUAAUUCUGUUAACAUUUGUGCUUCACAGACGGUCAGAAUGGGCAAGGACUACUACGACAUUUUGGGAAUAAAGAAAGGAGCGUCGGAGGACGACAUAAAGAAAGCCUACCGUAAGCAGGCUUUGCGCUACCAUCCCGACAAGAACAAGUCGCCCGGAGCGGAGGACAAAUUUAAAGAAAUCGCCGAGGCUUACGAUGUUUUGAGCGACCCAAAGAAAAAAGAUAUCUACGAUCGUUAUGGCGAAGAAGGACUCAAAGGAGGAGGAGGUGGCCCCACUGGUACCAGUGGUCCUGGAACCUACAGCUACACCUUCCAGGGUGACCCUCAUGCCAUCUUUCGUGAAUUUUUUGGUGGCCGUAACCCGUUCGAGCAGUUUUUUGGUGCUCGCAAUGGAGGUAUGGAUGAGGACAUGGACACAGACGACCCGUUUUCUCGCUUUGGGAUGGGCAGCGGUGGAAUGGGUGGUUUCUCUCGCUCCUUCAACCCUGGCGUGGGAGGAGGAAUGGGUGGAAUGGGCAGUCACAACAGCGUUGUAAAGAAGCAGCAGGACCCAGCGGUGGUUCGUGAUCUCAAAGUGACGUUGGAGGAGAUAUGGAAGGGUUGCACAAAGAAAAUGAAGAUCUCUCGCAAAAAACUGAACCCCGAUGGUCAAACAACGCGGUCGGAGGAGAAAAUCCUUGAGGUGCAGAUAAAGAAGGGGUGGAAAGCAGGCACCAAAAUCACAUUUGCCAAAGAGGGCGACGAGACUCCGAGAAACAUUCCAGCGGACAUUGUCUUUGUGUUGAAGGACAAACCACAUCCUGUAUUCAAACGAGACGGCUCAGAUAUCGUCUACACUGCCAAGAUACCACUCAGAGAUGCCCUGUGUGGUUGUACAGUACAUGUCCCAACGCUGGAUGGCAGAACAGUGACCGUGUCCUCAACAGAUAUUGUGCAGCCAGGAAUGAAGCGACGAAUAAGCGGGGAGGGGCUGCCGUAUCCCAAAAGACCUGAGCGCCGUGGUGACCUGAUAGUGGAGUUUGAGGUGAAGUUCCCAGAACGUCUCAGCCAAAGUGCUCGAGACACCAUCGCUCAGGUUCUUCCACGGUCUUAAAUGAGACAAAUGGACUCAAAGCUGCCAUAAAUACUUAUUUUUUCAUAGACUCUAUUAAAUUCAUUCAAGAUUGAAAUUGGUUCUCUAGUGUACAAACUUUUUAAAAAGCUGUUUUUCUAUGACUGAUUGCAAACUUUCACAAGCUAGACCGUACCAAUAUGACCAGUGGUGUCAGGUGUUGGUUUAUUGGGAGGUGAACACAUAAGUAGUGUUUUGAAAGAGCUGUACAAUAUAUCAAUGCAUGUGCCACUGUUCUAUGUUCUGUUUAUGUAUYGAAAAAGGAAACGUAUUUUUGUAUGAAAUUUUCCUAGAGCUUGGCAGUGGAUUGUUUACAUAGUUUGAAUGAGACAAAUGUGUGUUCUGCUGAAGCAGGUUCUUUCACUUGCCGUUAAACUUUGCUGUGAAGAGAAAACAGUGAAGGUCUGCUAUUUGUGUGAGAAGUUGUUUCAGAUGUUCAGUAUGUUUUGUUUGAUGUUGAGAAAAGAACAAUAAAUGUAGAAAAAGAUGAAA